AUGGGAGAAAACCAAUCAUGGGUCACAGAAAUCAUCCUGAUGGGAUUCCAGCUCAGUGCAGAGAAGGAAGUGCUCCUCUUCUGGGUCUUCUCCCUCUUAUACAUCUGCAGUCUGCUGGCAAACGGCAUCAUCCUGGGACUCAUUUGGUUGGACUCACGAUUACACACCCCCAUGUACUUCUUCCUCUCACACCUGGCCAUCAUCGACAUAUCCUAUUCCUCUAGCAAUUUAUCCCAUAUGCUGAAAAACCUAGUGCAACAUAAAAAAAUGAUCUCCUUUGUUUCGUGCAUUAUCCAGAUGACUUUGUGUUUGACCGUUGCCUCUACAGAGUGCAUGAUACUGGUGGUGAUGUCCUAUGACAGGUAUGUGGCCAUCUGCCACCCUCUCCAGUACACCAUCAUCAUGAGCUGGAGAAGGUGCACAGUCCUUGCUGUCAUUUCAUGGGUAUGUGGAUUUUUUGUGGUCUUGAUACAACUCAUUCUCUUUCUACGGCUGCCCUUCUGUGGACCCCAGGAGGUGAACAACUACUUCUGUGAAAUUUUAUCUGUCCUUAAACUGGCCUGUGCUGACACCUAUGUCAAUGAAACUUUUCUCUUUGCUGGUGGUGUGUUUGUCUUAGUUGGACCCCUUUCACUGAUGCUCGUCUCAUACUUGAGCAUCCUCUGGACCAUCCUGAAGAGCCAGUCAAAUGAGGGUCGCAAAAAAGCAUUUUCUACCUGCUCCUCCCACCUCUGUGUGGUUGGGCUCUACUUUGGUAUAGCAAUAGUAAUUUACUUGGUACCAGACAAUAAUCAAAGACAAGAGCAGCAGAAAAUUCUUAACCUGUUUUACAGCCUCUUCAAUCCAUUGCUGAACCCCCUCAUCUACAGUCUGCGGAACGCUCAGGUGAAGAGAGCCUUCUACAGGGUAUGGAGACAAAACAGGGCCAUGUGA